CAGAGAAUUAGAAAAAAAUAGAAAGUAAGUUAAACCGAGUUAAAGUUACAUCGAAGCAGGUAAAUCUUAAAGCACACAUGCAGCUCACAUUCAAAAUCCAAACAAACACAAGGAUAAUGUGGAGUCGGCACCUUUCCACUAAAAUUCCAAGAAACGGACAACGUAAGUGUGAAAAAUCAAAACGAAUGUUUUACGUACAUAUCGUAAUCACGACCGGACAGGCCGCGAGUGAAUUGGAGUAAAUCGUGAAUGCAGAUCUCGCGAUAUCUCUGGCGAAGCCCUCGUACCUCGUCAUAAAAAGAAUCGUGGGGGGCAUAAAUGCAAGAGUAGGUCGCGCGACUCCGGAAGCGAACGCAUCUCGCCCAGGAGGAAUACGCGAUAGAACGGAGAUCAGGAUUACGAAUCUCCGGAGAGCCACCAAUUGCUUGGUGAAACCGGUGGAUGAACAGAUCGGUGCUGCCGAUAAUCGAUGAUCUCACUGCGUUGAAAUACAAAAUGCAUUGGAGCGAGAUUCAACGGAUCGGAAAAAAUCGGCGGCUCGUUAUUAUUGUGCGAGCCGGCUUAACGAGAGGACUCAACAUCCAGGAAGGAAUCUGACGAAGUCUACAGAUCUCUGCGAUUUUUUUGGUCACUAAUCAAACAUUCAUCACUAUUUCGCAAAAUGGUACAGGAAGAGGCAGUGAUUAUAAGGAAUGCCAUAAAACGUUAUGGGAAAGAGCAACUGGUACUCAACGGUCUGAAUAUGACUAUUUCCAAAGGUUCCAUAUACGGACUAUUGGGGGCCAGCGGAUGCGGUAAGACCACCCUGUUGUCCUGCAUCGUUGGGAUUCGAUAUUGCAACAGUGGAAUGGUAUGGGUCUUAGGAGGAACGCCGGGCAAAAAGGGCUCCGGCAUCCCCGGGCCUCGAGUGGGUUAUAUGCCGCAAGAUAUCUCCUUGGUAGAAGAGUUCUUCUUGAAAGAUACCUUUUAUUACUUCGGCAGGAUAAACGGGCUUGGUGACGAGGAGAUCGAAGCAAAACAGACCUUCUUUUCGAAGUUUCUUCAAUUACCCCCGUUGGAUCGUCAGGUAAAGAACAUGAGUGGAGGUGAACAAAGAAGGGUUUCCUUUGCUAGCGCGUUAAUCCACAGUCCUGAGCUUCUAAUUCUGGAUGAACCCACUGUGGGCUUGGAUCCAAUUUUAAGGGAGGAUAUUUGGGCUUAUUUAAUAAAGCUGACGCAGCAGGAAGGUGUCACCGUGCUGAUGACGACGCAUUAUAUCGAAGAAGCUAAAGAUGCUAAUAAAAUCGGUUUCCUGAGACGUGGUAAAUUGCUGGCGGAAUCAGCACCGCAUGAAUUGCUGGAGCAAUUUCAAUGCUUGUCCUUAGAGGAGGCUCUCUUGAAACUGUGCAACGCACAAGAUGAGAUUACUUCGAAUGAAAUGUCCCAGGAGGAUACCAACAGCGACGUGUUGUAUCAAGAUAAAUAUAAGCAAACAAAGGAAAUCUCGGAGUGCAAAGCGUUUUCGGGACGUCAAGUUUCACGAUUAAAAAGGUUUAAAGCUCUAAUAGCAAAAAACGGCAUCCAAUUUUUGCGUGAUUAUACAGGCUUCAUUUUCGCAGUUUCCUUUCCGAUAAUUAAAUUCAUCUUAUUCUUAAUGUCAAUUGGUGGUGAUCCGAAGGGCAUCACGUUUGGAAUUAUCAACGAAGAAGCUGGCAAUUGCGAUUUCGGCAGCAAUACUGGCAAUGUCUGGAAUGACGAAAGCACCUGUCGGUUUAGCAAUCUCAGUUGCAGAUUUCUGUACAAUUUUGACGAUUUCACCGAGAAAAAGGAAUAUUAUGAUAAUUUUUCUGAAGCAAAACGUGAUGUACAGAAUGGAAAACUCUCUGGUAUAAUGUAUUUUAGUCAAAACUUUUCCCAAGGUCUGCAAAAGCGAUUGGAAGAGAGUUUUUUCGCGAAGGAUUCUGACCUGUAUGCCAGUCAAAUUCAAGUUUUCCUCGAUAUGAGUGAAAUGCAAAUUGGAUUGUUGACACAGAAAAAGCUAUAUGAACGUUUUAUAAAGACCUUUGAGGAUAUUAUGAGACACUGCAAAUAUUCGAUAAAAUUGGCUAAUCCACCCAUCAGAUUUGAAGAUCCUAUUUAUGGUACACUUGACCUUAGUUAUAGAGAUUUCGUAUUAUCAACAGGCAUGUUAAUGAUCGCUUUCCUUAUGGCCAUCACAAUCUCUACAAACUUGAUAGUCAUUGAUCGGUUUAAAGGUGUCUGGGAUCGCAGCGUGGUUCAAGCUAAUUUAGAUUCUAAUCUGCAAUUAGUUUUACAAUUACUCUUUAUUCUCUAUUUUCUUUUGUAAUAAUGCGAAUGUAUAUAUGUAUUAGGGGUAAAAACAGAAGAAAUCCUACUAUCUCACGUUUUUGUCCAGAGCUUCAUCAUUGUUAUCCAUAACAUCGUGGUAAUGCUCGUAUUCAUUAUAUUUCGUAUAGAUUGUAAAGGAUCAUUGUUUGCUGUAUUUUUUCUCCAAUUUCUCAGCGGUUUUUGCGGAUUGAUGUUGGGUUUCGUUAUCUCCGUUUUGUGCAAAAAUCAAGUGAUGGCGACUUUCUGUUCUAUCGGAAGCUUUAUGUUCCUAUUGUUUACUAGUGGAUUUUUUUGGCCGUUGGAGGGAACACCCAAAUUUUUUCGCUGGUUUUGCUCUGCUCUGCCAAUUACCUUGCCUUCCAUAUCUAUGAGAGCAAUCAUUUACAAAGGUUCUUCCAUAUUUGAGUGGCAAGUUUUGAUUGGUUCCUUUAUAAGUUUAGGUUGGAUAUCGGUUUUUGUUCUUGUGGCUAUAUUAUGUUUAAAAUGGAAUACCUAUGUAGAAACAAAAAUUCUUGUGAAAAAAUACCGCAAUAAUUUCGCAUAAUCUAUAAAUUUAAUAAAUAUGAUUAAUUAUUCAAAAUAA